UUCCAGCUUUCCACAUAUCCACUUCCCUCACAAGUUUAAACCUGAUAUUAAAGUAAACAAGAAAAGAACUAGAAAGUAGAAAAGCAAGGCAUCUCCCUCUCUCUCCUUCCUCGAAGACCACAAGUCGUACAAGAAAAAGAACCAAUACAUGAAAAGAGAGGAAAUUUCCUUCUCAAUCUUAUAGAACACUGAAGCAGGGCUCCAUUAGCUUUAGCAGCCAAUCUCUCUCCUCUCUCCUCCUCAUUUCAAGAACUGCAUCAAGGAUUAAGCAAUGGCUGAAUCUGAUCCAUACCCAAAAGACUCGUAUUACAGCGAAAACAUGACUACAAGAGGAUCCUCUAGAUCCUCCAUUUCAACGACCAGCGUGCACGUGACAGCCCUUGAUGGCCUGGUGAAUGUGAACUCUCUUUUUACAAUCGCCGUCUUUGUUGGGCUCUCUCUUACAACCCCAAAUCAGCGCAGCCUCGAAAACCGCACAUCUUGCGACGCAAGCAUCGACGUGGAAAAGAAUCUACUAGUCUUCGAGGUUGUGUCCUUCAGCUUCUUCCUCUUCUCUUCUCUAAUAGCACAGGGCCUGAAACUGGCUAUCAAUUUGUUGAACAGUAAAGACGUGGAUGAGGCUUUCAGGGCACACAUUAACUUGAAGGCUUUGAGGUUCGGGAUGAUGGGAUCGGCUAUUGGUUCGGUUAUAGGUUGUGUAUUUUUGAUGCUGUCAAUGAUUAAUGUGAUUGAGAUUAGGUUGGGGAUGUUGUCUUGUGGGAGUAAGAGCACUGUUCAUGCCGUUACUGCUUUGGUUCUUUUAGUUUCUUCUGCUCUCUUGGUUUAUAUUUCCACUGCUGUUUAUGCUUUUCUCCACUGAUAGAUGGAUUGUUUAGCUUUAUGAAAGUGGUAUCAAGUUGUCAACUUUUGAAAGAAAUUAAAUGGUUGUGGUUGAGGAGAAUUUCUCAAUUUUUAGCA